CUUGCAGCAUGCCUGUUGCACUCGACUCUACGAGUCUUGCCCUAGGCACUGUAGCCUGCUAUCUCCUAUAUUUUGUCUACGUUCGGUGGACGAAACGCCAGGGUCUGCCCCCAGGCCCCCCGCGCUUACCAUUUCUAGGAAACAUCCAUCAACUACCCCAGCUCGAUCAGCAUACAUUCUUAAAGCGAUGGGCAGAUCAAUACGGGGACGUUGUCUACGCGGAGUUUUUCACUCAACCUGCCAUUGUCGUCAGCUCUGUGAAGGCUGCAUGUGAACUCAUGGAGAAGCGUGGCGCGUACUACUCGGGCAGACCGCGAUUCGUGCGAAUCAGAGAGAUGAUCGGCUGGACCGGACAUAGUGCAUGGAGACCAUACGAUGACACGUGGAAGCGCCAGAGGAGGUGGUUUCAGCAGUCGCUGAUCAGCGCGUCAGCCGUGAAAAGAAAUCAUCCACUUCAAGAGCGCGAGGUGCGCCGUCUGCUGUAUGCCCUCGUCCAGCAUCCGGCGGAAUUUAUCUCCCACAUCAAGCGCUACUCCGCAUCGCUGAUUUUGGAGAUCGGUUAUGGACAUACCGUGACCUCUGUCGAGGGUGACGAGUUCAUUCAAUUGGUGGAGGCCGGGAUACAGGAAGUUUUUGGCGGCAGUGGAGCCGGGUCCGCGCCGGUUGACUUCUUCCCCGUCUUGAAGUACAUACCUGCCUGGCUGCCUGGCGCGGGCUUCAAGCGAGCUGCUCUGAUGGCGAAGGAAGCCAUCGCAGCUACAGAAAACAUACCCUAUGACUCAGUAAAGGAUGAUAUAGCAGCCGGUGUGGCGAAACCUUCGUUCACGACUGCCAUGAUGCAAGAUUGUCUGAAGAAGGGCGCGCUGACCAGUGAAGAUGAGAUUGUGAUCAAGGGAACGGCUGGAACACUCUACGCAGGCAUCAAAUACACAACCUUGACGUCGAUUAUGGUCUUCAUCCUUGCGAUGGUGCAACAUCCUGACAUCUUUCAGAAGGCUCAAGAGGAAGUCAUCAGAGUUGUCGGAGAGACCAGGCUCCCGGAGUUCAGCGAUAGGGAAUCACUGCCGUAUCUCGAGAACAUCAUCACAGAGGUGUACAGAUGGCAUCCCGCGGUUCCUAUAGGGGUCCCACAUCUAGCAUCGGACGAUGAUGUGUACCGUGGUUACUACAUACCGAAGAAUUCCAUGAUUAUCUCCAAUAUAUGGGCAAUGUUCCAUGACCCAGAAGUAUACCCGGAGCCAGAGAGGUUCAAGCCUGAGCGGUGGUCAAACACAAAUACCGACCGUGGCGAUGAUCCCAACCUGGGCGACCCGCGGAAGAUAGUAUUCGGCUUCGGACGGAGGAUCUGUCCAGGACGAUACUUUGCCGACAACAGCGUUUGGAUCGUUGCAGCUUGUAUCAUUUCGAUGAUGAGCAUUCGUAAAGCGCGGGACGCACGUGGGGAGGAAAUCACACCGUCGCCGAAGUUUCACAGCGGGAUUGUCAUUCACCCAGAACCGUUCGUCUGUGACAUUCGCCCUCGAUCGGAACAGAGCCGGCAGUUGAUUCUCGAAAGCCUGGGCGCCGGAACAGUCUGACAAUCCACAUAACGGGGCUGGUGUACAAAGCCCAGGCUCCUCGACCGCUACUGUCGAUUCAUGAUUCUGUCGAUUCAUGAGUCGCCAUAACGUUCGAGCUUUGUCGAUCGAAUGACACACGCUGCGAUACUCUUUUGCUCCCAGUUCGCGCUUCGAAAAGGCUCUGGUGUGUUGUUUACAUACAUUGAAACAUUCUGUCUCCGUUCACUGUAACGCACUGGCUGCUACAUGGCCCCGGGUGGAGAGGGGAGGGGUACAUGUUGAUUCAGGAUACUUACUUGUAUGUACGGCGAGUGAAGGCUCUGACGCCGUAAGUUCUUCUGUGCAU